GUCACACCGACGUCAAGCCGAGACUGCCGCCGCGGGGCCUGGUUAUCGCCGGUCUAGCGCAGCCGGGAGACGCUCAGGCCUGAACUCCCGCCCAGUCCCGACUCAGAUCUGGGCUCCAACUGCCACCAGCCCUAUUGCUGCUGUUACUCUUCUCUGUCCUUGGCCCAGGGGCUGGAGGCCUUUUCCUCACUGAUUACUCCACAUGCUCACCCCGCAAGCUGAGUCCUUUCCGCUCCUUUGCCAGCACUGAACUCUUCCACUUCCAUGUUCCUGAGGACACGUUUCUGGCUGUUUGGAACCUCAUCAUCUUCAAGGAGCAGGGGGGAACCUUUGGGGACCACUGCCCAGACCAAAGUGUAACUGUGUAUUUUCGAUCCGGGGCACCCCCUGUCAUCAAUCCUCUGCACACACACUUUCCAGGGGACACAGCAGUGCCUGGGGUUUUCUCACUGACUCUCAGCUGGACACUGCCCAACCGCACCUCAGGCAUCUUUAACGUCAGCAGCCCCUUACCUGGGGACUGGUUCUUGGCUGCCCACCUUCCCCAGGCCCAUGGCCACAUCUCUGUCAAGGGUCUCCAGGAUGAGUGUCAGUACCUUCUGCAGCCGCAGCUGAUUGUCCGGCGUUUGCUGGAUGUGGCUGUGCUGCUUCCCGGCCGUCUCUCAGAACAGACCCUCUGCCCCCACAAUCGUUCAGCCCUGUUCAAGGUCUUUGUGCCCAGCUUCACUUACAGGGUUUCAGCACAGCUGGUGUGUGUGGGGGGCCGGGGGGCAUCCGCCUGCCCCCUGACCCUGCGCCUACGUCCCAAGGCCCCACCCCUGCACAACUCAAGCUCUGUGACUUGUGGAGGUGCCUCAGCAUGUCAGCUGGAGCUGGCAUUGCCCCCCUGGGGGCACUGGGUCUACGUGCGCGUGGAGACACCAUCCCGGGGUCCUGGCAGGACCAUUCGCUUCCAGCUGUGUGUGCGGUUACAAGAAUGUCCACAGCCCAGCCUAUCCCGUGCCCUGGUCCCUGGAGCUGCUAUGAAUAUGCCCCAGUCACUGGGCAACCAGCCAUUGCCCCCAGAGCCUCCGUCCCUUGGGGCUACUGCGGAAGGGCCUGGGGCCACAUCCCCACCUGAACACUGCUGGCCAGUGCGCCCAACGCUGCGCAAUGAGCUGGAUACCUUCUCGGUGCACUUCUACAUCUUCUUCGGCCCCAGCGUAGCCCUUCCGCCAGAACGUCCAGCUGUGUUUGCCUUGAGGCUGCUGCCAGUGCUGGACAGCGGAGGCGUCCUCAGUUUGGAGCUCCAGCUCAAUGCGAGCUCCCUGCAUCAGGAAAAUGUUACAGUAUUUGGAUGCCUGACUCACGAGGUGCCCUUGAGCCUGGGGGAUGCAGCAGUGACGUGUUCCAAAGAGGCCCUGGCUGGCUUCCUCCUUUCUGUCAGUGCCACCUCCAGAGUGGCUAGGCUUCGAAUCCCCUUCCCCCAGACGGGGACCUGGUUCCUGACCCUCCGCUCUCUGUGCGGGGUGGGACCUCGGUUCGUGCGGUGCCGGAAUGCGACUGCAGAGGUGCGGCUACGCACCUUCCUGUCCCCUUGUGUGGAUGACUGCGGGCCCUAUGGGCAGUGCAAGCUGCUGCGUACACACAACUACCUGUAUGCGGCCUGCGAGUGCAAGGCUGGGUGGCGGGGCUGGGGCUGCACCGACAGUGCGGAUGCACUCACCUAUGGAUUCCAGUUGCUGUCCACACUACUGCUUUGCCUCAGCAACCUCAUGUUUUUGCCACCCGUGGUCCUGGCCAUUCGGAGUCGAUACGUGCUGGAAGCAGCUGUCUACGCUUUUACCAUGUUCUUCUCCACGUUCUACCAUGCCUGUGACCAGCCAGGUAUUGUGGUUUUCUGCAUCAUGGACUACGACGUGCUGCAGUUCUGUGAUUUCCUGGGCUCUCUGAUGUCUGUGUGGGUCACUGUCAUUGCCAUGGCUCGUUUACAGCCUGUGAUUAAACAGGUGCUGUAUUUGCUGGGGGCUAUGCUACUGUCCAUGGCUCUGCAACUUGACCGGCAUGGACUAUGGAACCUGCUUGGACCCAGUCUCUUCGCCCUGGGGAUCUUGGCCACAGCCUGGACAGUACGCAGCGUCCGCCGCCGGCACUGCUACCCACCGACAUGGCGCCGCUGGCUCUUCUACCUGUGUCCAGGAAGCCUUAUUGCAGGCAGUGCCGUCCUACUCUACGCUUUUGUGGAAACCCAGGACAACUACUUCUACAUUCACAGCAUUUGGCAUAUGCUCAUUGCUGGUAGUGUGGGCUUCUUGCUGCCCCCUCGUGCCAAGACUGACCACCGGGUCCCAUCAGGAACCAGGGCCCGGGGCUGCGGUUACCAGUUGUGCAUCAAUGAGCAGGAGGAGCUGGGUCUUGUGGGCUCAGGAGGGGCCGCUGUCAGCAGCAUCUGUGCUAGCUGA